AUGAAUAUUGGUCGACCACCAAUAGCGGGCAGGUCUCGGUUGGGGAAUCAUCGAUAUGUACUCAAGCUGAGAUGGACAGGUAUGCGAACAUUAGUGCAGCUCUUGGCUGUGCUCUUGCUCAGUAAUCUCAUCUUGGCGGUUCAUGCUCGGUCACCUCAUCCACCACCAUUAAAGCGAAUCCAUCAUCUCUCCUCUCGUUCGAUAGAGAUUCUUCCCCGCCUCAAUCACCUCUCACCUCGAGGCAACUACCAUCCUCCACCUCAUUUUUCAACUUUACUACAUUCCGACACCUUAUUUUUGACCCUCUCCAUCCCGUCCGAUUCUUUGCACGAGACCACUCUCCUCCUCCGCCCAUCGGAAUAUCUCCUUCAUGCCGACGCUAAGAUCACCUUUCCCUCUGGUACGGUUCAGAAAUCCUUUGCUCUUCGUGCGGAGGACUAUCGGUUGUAUACCGGAGAGGUCAUUGACCCUAGAUGGGUCGCACGGGUGAGACAGACCCAAACUGUUGGGAUGGGGCUGGACCCUAGAGCGAUCAUUGGCACGGCGCAGAUCAUGGUGCAUCACCCUGGCGGACUUCCUGGAGACAUCAGAGGAAAUAUGGAAGAUGGAGGUCAAGCUGUCUUCGAAGGAAUGUUCACUGUUCAUGGGGAAGUAUGGCAGGUCAUGACAUUGAAAAACUACCAAAGAGUCAAAACGAUACAUGAUGUUCAUGCGGAGGUUAUAGGAGAUUUAGUUGUGUUUCGGAAUUCGGACAGGGAUCAUUCUGUUUCAAGUGGAAGCUCAUGCGCUCAUGAUCACAUGAUGUUCAAUUCACUUCCCUCACAUCCCAUCUGGACCGGACAGUCCAACAGUGUCAACAGCUCUACCUCAUCUUCCCCGUACCAUUCUAUAUCCGAUACCUCACUGUACGACCACAAGACAUCUCAACAUUCCCCCUCCGACAACGACGAUGUGAGACGGGAGUUGGGUAGAAGAGAUGAUACAGGCGGUAUGACAGCUUCCUCCAAUUAUAUCAACUCCAUAAAUUCCACCGUCGGAUGUCCUUCCACUACCCAAAUCGUUUAUAUGGGCGUUGCCCUGGACUGCAACUACAUCGCCGCUUAUUCUUCUCCGGACGCAGCACGUACUCAAGCGUUAAACGAUUGGAACAUGGUAUCAGCAUUGUAUAAAUCAACCUUCAACAUCUCACUGGGGAUCGUCGAGUUGGUGGUUCAAAACGCGACGUGUCCUGAUACACCUCAAUCUGAUGCCGAGUGGAACAUCGGAUGCGGUGCUAAUAUCACUUUGGACGAUAGGUUGAGUCAGUUCAGUCAAUGGAGGGGUAAUAGGGGGGAAGAUGGAGUAGGGUUGUGGCAUUUGUUGAGUGCGUGUCCGACGGAUAGUGAAGUUGGUGUGGCUUGGUUGGGAACUUUAUGUCAGAGCACGGCUCAGAAUCAGGGAGGAAGUUGGGUCAGUGGGACUGGUAUAUCGACGGCUAGUACGACAGAGUGGAGCUUGAUUUCUCAUGAGAUCGGACAUAGCUUCGGCGCAAUUCACGAUUGCACUUCCGGUUGUUCCCUUUCUGGCAAAUGCUGUCCUCUCUCUCAAUCCUCAUGUGACGCUUCAGGUCGAUUCAUAAUGAAUCCCACUACAUCUUCCAUCGAACAAACAUUUUCCGCUUGUACACUUGGUAACAUAUGUUCCGGUCUCGGUGAAAAUCUCGUUUCAUCAACUUGUAUAACUUCCCCAGGAUCUCGAACAAUCAUAUCACUCCAACAGUGCGGUAAUGGUAUAGUUGAAGAAGGUGAAGAAUGUGAUCCAGGAUCAAACGCCACUUCUCCAUGUUGUGAUGCUUCAACUUGUAAAUUCACUUCUGGAUCAGUAUGUGAUCCAUCAAAUUCAGCUUGUUGUACCAGUACAUGUGGUUAUGCUUCGGCAGGAACGGUAUGUAGAGCAGCUUUGGAUGAGAAAUGUGAUACGGCGGAAAUGUGUACGGGAAAUAAUGCUACUUGUCCGACGGAUGUGACUGAACCAGAUGGGAAAGGAUGUGGUGAUGGAGGAUUAGCUUGUGCUAGUGGAAGAUGUACAAGUUUAAGUUUACAAUGUCAACAAGCUGGAGAAGGGAUGAACUUGACGACUGCUUGUGGACAGAGGGAUGAUAAGAGUUGUGUUGUUUCUUGUAAAGAUCCAACGACGAGAAAUCAAUGCGUUGUGUUACAAACAUCAUUGAUCGACGGAUCUCCAUGUGGGUACGGAGGUCAUUGUUAUAAUCAGACUUGUCGUUCGGGAUCAUGGGAGAAUACGUUGGAUGCGAUGUACACACAAAAUCUACAGAUUUCUAUUCCUGUCACCAUCGUUGGGGGAUUGUUGAUUCUCACCAUCAUCGUUGCUUUUAUACGAUGCGUCUACAGAUCCUGCACCCGUCGACCUCGUUACAGACAUCCUCGUGAAACACAAAGAGACAUGUCCCAAUUACCCCCACCGCCAGUGAACCGACAUUCCGAUUCAUUGAAUUCAUCAGAUGCUAUAACUCAAACAAAUCUCAUCGAGCGAGAUCCUAGUCCGAAUCCCCCUGUUCAAGCUGGUAAUGUCGAAAAUCAGAGAGGAACCGUUCUUCGAUCAGAUGGAGGAAUGUAUGUUGAACCAUAUGGGUCAGAGAACAUGGCGGGUUAUGGAGCUGGAGGUGGAAAUCCUGGAUAUGGGUAUAGCGGACAAGGAGGUUAUCCUUCUCAAGGAUGGCAAGGAGAAUAUCCACAAAGAGGACAAGUAGGUCAUGUUGGACAAGGAGGAUAUGAUCAAGGACAAAAUCAAAGUUGGGUAGAUGCGAGAUUGUACAACGGUCCGGAUUACGGUGUUAACCAAGCAUAUGGUAGAUAA